AUGGAAAACACAGCCAUGAUCGAAAGCACCGGCGACAUCCGCGACCUGGACGCAACAGACCAGCUCCCGGUCUACGGCACCCCGAAGCCAUACCCGAGAUGCUACAUCUGCAACACCCAGUUGAGUGCUUUGUUCUAUGACGGGAGAGAGUUGAAGACCGGCGUGUACACCGAAAACGCCAUUCUGGGAAACGGGUCCUACUACAAGGACAACCGCGGGCGCACCUGGAACAUCAUCCACCUCUCCGGUAUCACCCGCCUCAACAGCCCGGACCACCGCUUCAGCACCCUCCAAGCCCCCUGGGACGGAAAUAAGGGCAUAGUCCGCCCUGAAGUCUGGGAGGGGUCGCGGAUGUACAGGGCCCACCUUGCAACGGCCCUUCUCCAACAACCCACGCGUCCCCUGGGCCAUGCCAACAGACUCAUGGCUCUCCCCGUCCACGCGCGGUGCUGGCAGGUGCUGCGCACGCAUAGGGUCUGGGCGCUUGCAGGCGGCGACAUGGGGAUCCUGCUGCGCGCUUUGCAUCGGAGAGCAGCCUCGUUCUGGAAUUGGUAUUUCUCAGCCCCCGACGAGGAGAUAGGGGAAUACGAUGAUGAGACGGGCCUGAUGAAUAGUGCUACUGGUAUGGACUCUUUGUCACCUACUCCGCAUCCGUUCGUGUGUAAGCGUACAAGGGCCAUGGUCGAGGAGGCGCGGGCGCGGGGCAAGGCUUACACUCCUGUCCAAGCAGCGGCGUCCACUCGCCUUGCUCGUCUUCCGGCGGAAGUUCUCCGUCUGUUGGUGGAUAUGCUUCCGUCCAAGGACGUCGCGGCGGUUGAAGAUGCUAUGGGGUUAUACUUGGGCAAUGCCUUCUGGCGAGCUAGGAUCCCGGCACUGUUUCAUGAAACUCGGGACUUGAGCUUGGACCGUAAGGAGCUGGACUGGCGGUGGCUGUGCAUUGCAUUGGAGGAAUUGGAAGCGCAGGAAGGUGAUAAAGAUGAUGAUGAUAAGAAUUAUCAGUUGGAGGGGCGGAGGUAUGUUCUUCGGCAGUUGGAUCAGAUUGCGGGCUUUGUUGCUGGGGAUGGGGAUGGGGUCGGGGACUGUGCGAACAUGAGCAAUUAG